AUGGUGGUUGUAAGCAAGCAGCUGUUUGACGCAGUGUGCCGUGAUGCCCAUUGCAGUCUCAUGACCCACCCCUGGAACGAAAGCUGUAUCAAAGCAUGUCCAGGGUUGUACAAAGAUGCUGUUAUUGGCAGUGCGAAGUUUUACUCUAUUAUUUACCUUGCACAAAUCUUGAUGCGAGGAAAGAAAAUGAUGAAGAAAGAACAAUGGAUCAAGAUGGGAGAAUAUUACGUGAGGUCCACCAUGUUAGGAUUUAUGGUCACAUCUGUGGGUCCCAACAUUAGUUGUUUAAUUAGAAAAAUGUUAGGGGAUCAAUUCUAUUCUUCAACGUACCUGUUCAUACCUUUUGCUGUGUGUGGACUCUUCAUUUACUUGGAGCCACCAAGCAGAAGAGGACUGGUCAUUAAUCUGUUUUGUAACUUGCUAAUCGAGUACUAUAUAAAAGUUUUGGAAAGAGCUGGAUAUCCGACUGUGACGAGAACACAUCAGACGCUGAUGUUCAUGUUGGGCAGUUCCUUACUGUUCUACCUCAUGAGGCUAGAAGGAGACAAGAAGGAGAGGACUCCCUUGUUUUGGCUAUUUACUCCAGAAAAAGUAAAAAGAAAAACAACCGAAUCGGAGAGUCCUUGUCCGCAUAAAGGGAAAUGUGAAAAAUAUGUUGCAAAAGGUUUUGCUACAUAUUUUGGAGUAGGUCUCGGUAUAUCUUUAGCGAGACUGAUCAUACCAAAAAUUUCAACUCCAAUUAAGGCGAUAUCUUCGAUUAGAAGUAAACACUUCAAGUUGGCAAUGUUCUUCGGCAGUUAUAUCGGUAUUUACAGAGCAGUGGUAUGCUACUUAUGUCGUAAGCAAGGAUUCGACUCGGCAUUGUAUGCGUUACCUGCUGGUUAUGCCGCGGGAAUAUCAUUCUUAUUCAACCCUAGCUUAGGGCUGUCUAUAGCGUCGUUGACCGCAGCGUUUAAGUUGUAUUCAACAAUUUUAUACGAGAAGAAAAUCUUGCCAUCAAACAUACCUCUACCGGAGUUGUUAUACUGCUUUUGCCAAGGAACACUAUUCAAUGCUCGCAUCGUCGAUCCUGAUGCAUGCCCCAGCUACGUGUUCAAUCUUAUGAAGUCUUGCAGUAAUGGAAGAUCCGAACACGUAUUUAAAAGUUUUUCCGAAGUAAUUCGACAUGCGAUAUAA